AUGCCUGACGAGGUCCGCCAUUCCUUUCCGCUGGAAGACGAGCUACCGCUGCUUAUCCUGCGCAAGUCCGGGCAGACGAUCGCGUUGACAAGAGACGAACCUUCCGUGAAGUCUUUUUUGCCCUUCUCCCUGAGCGUCUGCAGCGCGAUCCGGGUGUCAGACAAGGAGAUGUUGCGAAGGGCAUAUGAGGACGGCCACCUCACUGUGGUGGCGAGAGAGUGGCCCAUCCAGGCGAGAGUGAAAGUUUCCCUGGACUGUGUCAGGGAACACAUGCACUGGUUGGUGUUGCUGAGAAGAGCCGGUGAGGAGGAGGUGACAGUAGCCAAACGUUUUAGCGGUAGUGAAGAGGAUCUGCAUGAGGUGGUGACAUGGCUGAAGCGUAUCGAACUGCGGGGAUGUUGUGAGUUGUGCUUGGCAAGCGAGCCAGUCAUCUCGGAGGCGCGUGUCACCAGAGAGGUUGGACGCCUGCGAAGUCUUCAAGCGGAUGAGGGGGUUAACGAGCAGGUGUUUUUGGGCGACUCGGUGGAAGAAGUUGCGGUUCGCUUGGAGGAGUUUUUGCAUUCGUUUUUCCUCGCCGCAGUGACGGCAGCGACUGCCGUGUUUUGGCCUCCGCCACUGACACACCCGCUGAAUAUUCACUACGGGGUGAAGGAGAUGCGGACGGCGGAGCACCGUGCGGCCCUGCUUCCGAUGCGUCCAUUGCUGCACCUGGGGCAGCGGUGCAAAGAGUUUCCAAGAACGAUGCAGGCGCUCUCCAGCCAUGGGGCGGGUGUGCCUCGCACGGGGCAUGCUUGGGAGAAGCAUCUUCUCCGCAAUAUUCAUAUUCACCUUUCAACAGCCUCAGCCAUUUCUGGUGGGGGAACGUUUCUCGUGAGUGGUGCGUACGACUAUUACCACUACAGUGUAGACGGGUUCAGGGAUGAGGGGUGGGGCUGCGCGUACCGAAGCCUGCAAACCAUACUGUCUUGGUUUCAGUACGAAGGGCUCAUGACGGAGCCGAUGCCGGACAUUCGAGCCAUUCAAGGUAUUUUGCGCGCAAAAGACCCAGAUAAAAUGAAUCGCAAGGAGUUUGUAGGCUCGAAGGACUGGAUUGGCUCCUUUGAGGUGAUGAUCGUGAUUCAGCACUUUGUCCCGGGUAUGGAGUGCACCAUAAGGCGCAUGGAAAGUGGUGCGGACUUGGAAACGGACCCAUCCGUGCAGCAGCUUCUAGUAGACCACUUCCGAAACAAGAAGGCCUGCCCCGUGAUGAUUGGAGGAAGUAGCUACGCGCAUACCAUUUUGGGCCUUGAUGCAAACCUGGCCACAAUGGAGGUGCGCUACCUAAUUGCCGACCCGCACUACUCUAGUGGAGAAACCAGCCUGAAAACGGUUUUGAGGAAGGGCUACGUGGGCUGGAAGGAGGCAGGAAAAUUUUUUGAAUCUAAGAGCUGGUACAAUCUUUGCAUCCCACAACUGGCAUCCUACGACCCACGCUGA